AUAUUUCUGUAACGAAUUUUGGAGCGGCAAUGGGAGAGAAAAAGAAUGGAAGCAAGAAUGGCGGGGAUGGAGAAAAGAAGGAAAAGGGUUCCUCAACCAUUGUUCUCAAGUUUGAUUGCUUUUGUGAAGGUUGUGCUACCAAAAUCCUCAAACACAUUUAUGAAUUUGAAGGGGUGGAGAAGGUGAAAACUGAGAUGAGCUCUAACAAAGUGACGGUGAUAGGAACUGUGGAUCCGAUUGCCAUGAAAGAGAAGCUCGUGAGGAAAAUUAAGAACGUUGACCUUGUUUCUCCUCAACCGAAGAAAGAUAACAACAAAGAAGAGAAAAAGGAGAAAAAGCAGGAUUCUGAUAAUAAACCAGAGAAAAAAACCCAAAGAGGUAAAACAUUUGCCAUAUCUCAUUCUCAAAUUUUCAAUUCAUUUCAAAAUAACCAUAUAUCCAUGUUGGGUUUGAACUUUGAAGUGCCUUCAAAUCAAUUUCUCUGUCAAAAAAUUAUUGCGGACUUUGAACUUUGA